AUGGGUACCGCCUUCGAGCAUACCCCCCUCAUCACCACGGUGGAUGUGGAGGCUGCUCCUCGGCGUCGGUAUUCUCACCAUGUCUCCCGCCGAUUCUUCACCAUUUCUCUCUCAUCCAUCCUUUUUUGGUUCUCCCUGUUCUUCGUCGCCUCCUUCACUUUUCUUCCCCGCCCUUCGUCUUGGCCCGGCUGUGGUCAUGGUCGAAGCAAAAUAGACUACGAGCAGUUGCGCCAGCUACUUCUUGACACUCCCAGUAGCGAAAAGGCCGAGGAGUGGCAAAGAUACUACACUGCCGGGCCCCAUCUUGCUGGCAAGAACUACUCUCAGGCACUCUGGACAAAGGAAAAGUGGGAAGAAUUCGGUGUUCAGUCACACAUUGUCGACUAUGAGGUUUAUAUCAACUACCCAGUCGACCAUCGACUGGCACUCCUGAAGAAGGAGGACAAGGACAACUGGAAGGUAUCAUUUGAAGCCACUCUUGAAGAGGACAUCCUCGACGAGGAUCCGAGCACAAGCUUGCCCGACAGAGUCCCCGUCUUCCACGGUUAUUCUGCCUCUGGCAACAUCACCGCGCCCGUGGUGUAUGUCAACUGUGGCACGUACCAGGAUUUUGACGACCUGCUCAAGGCCAACGUCAGCCUUGCCGGGAAGAUCGCCAUUGCUCGUUAUGGCCUCAUCUUCCGUGGGCUCAAGGUCAAGAAGGCGCAGGAGUUGGGAAUGAUCGGCGUUAUUCUUUACAGUGAUCCCGGUGAAGAUGGUGAAAUGACUGAAGAGAACGGCUACGCUCCUUACCCCGAAGGACCAGCUCGCCAACCUAGCAGUGUCCAGCGUGGAAGUACACAGUUCCUCAGUGUUGCUCCAGGCGACCCGACAACUCCGGGCUAUCCUUCCAAACCUGGUGUGCCUCGUGGGCCGGUUGAUGGAGCUAUUCCCAGCAUUCCCUCGAUUCCCAUCUCCUACGCCGAAGCUCUUCCUAUUCUCAAGGCCCUCAAUGGCCAUGGUCCCAAGGCUACGGAUUUCAACAAGUGGUGGACUUACCGGACUGGUCUGGGCUACAAGGGUGUGGAUUACAACAUCGGACCGACGCCGGACGACGUUGUCGUGAACCUCUACAACGAGCAGGAAUACGUUACUACUCCUCUGUGGAACGUUAUUGGUAUCAUUAACGGUACCAUUCCGGAUGAGGUGAUUGUUGUCGGCAACCACCGCGAUGCUUGGAUUGCGGGUGGUGCUGGUGAUCCGAAUAGCGGAUCUGCUGUUCUCAAUGAGGUCAUCCGCUCCUUCGGAGAAGCUUUGCGUCUUGGCUGGAAGCCCUUGCGUACCAUCGUCUUUGCCAGCUGGGAUGGUGAAGAAUACGGUCUUGUCGGAUCAACCGAAUGGGUCGAGGAGUAUCUCCCUUGGUUGAGCCAAGCCAACGUUGCCUACCUGAACGUCGACGUCGGCGUCCGGGGCAAGGUCUUCUCAGCCUCUGCCGCUCCUCUCCUCAACAGCAUCAUCUACGCCGCCACCGGAGCCGUCGAGUCCCCCGACCACCCGGGCCACUCCAUCCUCGAGAAGAACUGGGACAAGAAGAUCAGCACCAUGGGAAGCGGCAGCGACUUCACCGCCUUCCAGGACUUCGCCGGUAUUCCCUCCCUGGACGUCGGUUUCAACGCCGCCAAAGACGCCCCGGUGUACCACUACCACAGCAACUACGACAGCUUCUACUGGAUGAAGAAGUACGGCGACCCCGGCUUCGUCUACCACAGGACCAUGGCCCAGAUCUUCGGCCUCCUCAUCGCCGAGCUCGUCGACCUCCCUGUCCUCGCCUUCAGCGCCGAGAGCUACGCCACAGCGCUGGACAACUACGUCACCCAGGUAGAGGACAAGCUCGACGCUGCGCUCCAUCCCAAGGACAAGGAGAUUGACAUCUCUACCCUCACCGAGCAAGACAUUUCCGAGAUGCGCGGUAACCACUACAACACCACCACCACCAAUGCUGUUACAUCUUCAACCUCCAAAGCCGCCCUAGCCUUCCGCGACUCUCUCAAACGUCUCCACGACGCAGUCGGCAAGCUGACGGAAAAGGCAGCCCGCCUAGACGCCGAGGCAGAGGACCUCACGAGCCAGGCGCGCGAGCACAUCCCGUGGUAUCACUGGCACCAGAAGGUCAAGCUGUGGUAUCAGAUCCGCAAGGUCAAUACCAAGUACAAGUACAUGGAGAGGAACUUUUUGUUUAGCGAGGGUUUGGAUGGGAGGCCGUGGUUCAAGCAUGUGGUGUUUGCGCCGGGGUUGUGGACUGGGUAUUCUGGAGCGGUGUUCCCUGGUCUUGUGGAAAGCAUUGAUGCGAGGGAUUGGAUUAAUGCUGAGAGAUGGGUGGAUAUUAUUGAGGCUUGCAUUGGAAACGCAGCGAGGAAGUUGUGA